CUCCAGCGCCCCCCCCGCCCCGUUCCCAGGCCCGUAACAUUAGGGAGGAAAAUGUUACUUUCCGUCCAGCCGCGGGCCGCCAUCGCCACAUUUGGCUACAAUAAGACCAGCAAGAAGCAGCCUUAUGUGUCAGUGGCCCAGCAGAUGGCGCCCCCGAGUCCCAGCGGCAGCAACAACAACAGCAGCAGCAGCAGCAGCGGAGGAGGCGGGGGAGGCGGGGACCAGCUGAGCAAAACCAACCUGUACAUCCGGGGCCUGCACCCGGGCACCACCGACCAGGACCUCGUCAAGCUGUGCCAGCCAUACGGCAAAAUUGUUUCCACGAAAGCCAUCCUGGACAAGACGACCAACAAGUGCAAAGGCUACGGCUUUGUCGAUUUCGACAGCCCCACGGCGGCACAGAAGGCCGUGACGGCGCUGAAGGCCAGCGGGGUGCAGGCCCAGAUGGCGAAGCAACAGGAGCAGGACCCCACGAACCUGUACAUCUCCAACCUGCCUCUCAGCGUGGACGAGCAGGAGCUGGAGGGGAUGCUGAAACCCUUCGGACAGGUGAUCUCCACCCGCGUCCUGCGCGACCCCAACGGCACCAGCCGCGGCGUCGGCUUCGCCAGAAUGGAGUCCACAGAAAAGUGCGAAGCCAUCAUCACCCACUUCAACGGGAAAUACAUCAAGACUCCCCCAGGGAUCCCAGCCCCCUCAGAUCCGCUGCUUUGCAAGUUUGCCGACGGGGGGCAGAAGAAGCGCCAGCCGCAGGGGAAGUACGUGCAGAACGGGCGGGCCUGGCCGCGGGACGGCGACUCGAGUGGCAUGACCUUGACCUAUGACCCCACCACGGCUCUGCAGAACGGGUUCUACCCGACCCCCUACAGCCUGGCCCCCAACAGGAUGAUGGCUCAGACCACGCUCGCCCCUUACCUCCCGUCACCCAUGUCCUCCUACCAGGUUCACAGCCCGUCCUGGAUGCACCAUCAGUCGUACCUCAUGCAGCCCACGGGGACGGUGCUGACGCCGACCAUGGACCACACCAUUUCCAUCCAGCCCGCCUCCAUGAUGGGCCCCCUGACCCAGCAGCUGGGCCACCUCUCCCUCAGUAGCACUGGCACGUACAUGCCAGCGGCAGCAGCUAUGCAAGGAGCUUACAUCCCUCAGUACACGCCCGUGCCUUCCUCCAGCAUCUCAGUUGAGGAGAACAGCGGCCAGCAGAGCCAAGUGGCUGUCGAGUCUCCGUCAGAUCACGCUGCCUACUCCUAUCAGUACAGCAAGUAACUGCAGCUGGACCAGGCGUCUCUGCUCCGAGCGCUCGCCCCGAGGGAGAUCGCCACCUCCUCUUUGAUUUGUGCUGCAUCUAGAAGAUCGAAUCCAAUUUUUUUUUUCUUCGUUCGUUUCUUUCUUUUGCAAAGAAAACAGUUUUGUAAAAAAAAAAACAACAAAAAAAAAAAACACCCGGCAAUAGACUUUGCUCACCAAGGAACCAAAGCGGUGGAAUGGGGGGGCUGGGUCACCAGAUCCACUCCGCGCAGACGGACAGAUGGACUGAGGCCUAUUUUAAUAGGAGGGGGAAAAAAAAGUGUUUGGUUUAUUUUUGGUCGUUGUUUUGAAGAACCCCCCCUUUUUUUUUUUGGGUGGUUCUUUGAGGAAAGGCUUGAUCCAGGAGGGUGGAUCUGGCUGCCCCGGAGUGGCAAGGCUGCAGAUUCGAAUCUCUGGGACAAUCGUCGUUUUCUUUUGUCAAUUAAGGAUUACUUUUUCGUUCCUUUCUUUUUUCUUUUCUUUUCUUUUUUUUAAAGGAAAAAUAUGCAACGUUUGAACAAUUAUAUAUUGAGGGGGUUUUUGGUUGUACUGCUCCCCGACUGAUUCCGCCCGUUUCUUCGCCCCCCUCCGGACGCUUCUCCACGCCUGAAUGCCACUGUAGGAUAAAGAAUUUUUUUCCGGGGGAGGGGUUGCUUUAAAAGAAAAGGAAAAAAACGCCACAAAAACCUACAAAAAAAAGCCCCACGGUUGAUUUUAUUGUUUUUUGCUUUUUUUUUUCUCCCGGGUUUUAUAAAAAAGGAAAAAGUCCAAAAAAAAGGAAAAAGAAACACUAAAAAUCCCAGGAUCUAAUGAGAUAAACCUAGCAGGAAUCCGUGACUUUCCACCGGGAGGAUGAGGCGGGAGAUACGCUGCAUCGUGCACUGGCUGGCGGGAUUUUGGGCAGAGGAAGGUUGGCCACGAACUCCGUGCCAGGACGCAGCUCCAGGAAACCUCUAGGAUCCGUAAUCUUCUCCCUGCUUGAGUUUUGCCGGACAGGAUCGCUGCUUGUGUUGGAUUCCAGUUUGGACUGGGGGAGGCUUCGUGGUCUCUGGUCCGGCCCCUGUCCUUUCCUAUUAGAUGCUACGUACGUGGACUCGCCUGGGUCAGGACUCGGCCCUGGCCCCCCUUCCAAAAGCCUCGUGCCGCUUUUCUGCGUCACCAGUGACGUCUUGUGCUUCCGGACUCCGCUCUCUGUCCACCUGUCCCACGCGCCUAUGGCCCGAGGGACCCGGCACCGGCCCCGUCCGCCCUGCGGGAUAUACAGUGCCUUCACUGCCUGCGUUCCAGACCGUGCCAGCAGACCGCCCCCCCGCCGCCGUGGUGACCUCCCCGCCCCCCACCACUGGGAUCCGUGCACGGGUGGGGAACAGCCGACUGGCAACACACAGAUUCCCCCCCACCACCACCCGCUGCUCUUCACCGCGGGCCACGGGAGGACGACAGGGCCCCGUGCCGCACCCACCUCGGUGGACAAGGUUGCGGGGGGGUUGGUUGGAUUCUGGGCAUGGCUGGAUUGCCCCCCUUCUUCCUGAGAGGGGGGUGCUGAGUGGUGGCUUUUUGGGGCCGGGGGGGGGGGCAGAGCUGGUGCUGCCCUUGCUGCAGAUGGGGAUCUCAUUUCUAUGCACAUCCCAGCCCCCCCCCCCCCCCCACUCCCCCAUGCACGCCAUAGCAGAAGGCAGGACAAGUGCAAUAAACCAGAACGCCGCCCCCCACCCCCCAGAUCCCUGACCCCCAAAUCUCUCUCACCUGGAGACCAAGCUCUUAAAGGUACCAGGCACUUUAGACUCAUCUGCACGUUCUCAAAACAAUACCCCCCCCCCUUGUGAAAUGCUCUGCUGUGAUUCCUCCCCCCUCAGAUGGUGCUAAACCCUCCCCCUGCCCCACGGGAUAGACACCCUCCCCCCAGUAUCUGUUACAUUGGAUAGACUGUGAAACAGAGAGGCCGGCCCCUUCUCCGAGGGACAUACUGGGCCCCCCAUCCCUGCUGGUCUCCCCUUCUUCAGAACCCCUGCCCCUCACCCCAGUCCUAACCCUCCAGGGCUGGGGGUCGGCCGGCCGUGCCCCUUGGAGAAAAUAGCUCUUAUGCAGCUGACAAUCAGUGAUGUUCGUAGCGCACGCGCGAGUGAGUUGUGUAGUAGCGAGAGAAGCAGAUGAAGGGGGGGUGGGGUUGGAGGGAGAAGGCAGCCCCGGCUAAGGGGUUUGUAGAGGGUGAUUUAUGCUGGGUGCGUGGGGGGGGGGGUGUGCAUCUCUUCCUCCCCCCCACUCCAUUCUGGACAGGGGGGAGGGGCGGACUCUUGUUAGGUGUUUUCACUUCCAUGUUCCAGUUGGGGUGAAGAAUGGUCAGGGUCCGGCAAGUUAAAUGUUAACCCUACCCCCACCCCCCGCCACCCAGCUGAGGAAGCUAGGGGGGCACCCAGCCAGCCUGGGGGGGGGAACAGCGGCCGCUCCCCCCCCCCCCCAGUUGCAUGGUUUCUGGGAGCAGCCCAGCGGCCGGCCCAGCUCCACCUUUCCUCCCUAGACACUAAGGCCCAUACGUGCCAACACAGAGGAAAGGGGGGCAGAAAGGCUGCCCCACAUCAUCCGCGCUGAGCCCCGCUCCUGCCAGCAGGCCCCUCCCAUUCUAAAUAAAAGCCCCAGCUUCCCCCUGGGCCCGUUGGUGGGGGGUGGGAGGGGGCAGGCCUCCAAAAUGCCCAAAUCCGCAGGCGGCUGGCGCCUCGCUUGGCCCCGUGCGGUGCCUUAAAUCUGCAUUGCGGUGCCUGGUGCUGGCGCCGCUGGGCUCGAACCCGGGACCCGGGGAGCCACACGCCCCAUGGGGGCAGCAAACCUGGCCUGGCGCAGGAACCGUGCGGAAAUCCGCCGGCUCUGACGCACUGGGCCAGUGCUGGGGGGGGAGGGGGACAGAGCCCCAGGGGGACCCCGAGAAAGCUGCACGCUGGCUGCCCCCCUCCCCCAAUGGCUGCGUUUGAAGAUUUUUGUUCUUUUUUCAUGAAUUUUUUUGUAAGUUUCCUUUU